AUGUAUCUACUCAACGUUCUCCCACUCAUUUUCUUUGUAAUUCUCAAUCGUAGUCAUCCAAUCUCAUCCAUUGCUGUGGGAGUUGGAGAGGCUAUAUCGUUGUACAACGGCACGGAUAAAGUAGCUGUACUUUCUAGUGAAAACUUUUCAUCGACAGUGUACCAGUCGAAAACAGCGUGGGCCGUUGAAUUCUACGCCAGCUGGUGCGGCCAUUGUCGAACAUAUGCAAAUACUUACCGAGAAGUUGCGGCAACUGCUUGGCCAUGGAGAAUGAUUGUUCGUAUUGGUGCAAUAAAUUGCUAUGGAGGUGCAAAUCUCGAUUUGUGUCGUCAACAUGGUGUUCGCGGUUUUCCGACAAUUCGCUUGAUCAGACCAGAAUCGGUUUUUGAUAAUUCAUCAAAAGUAAUCGUCAUUCCAGCAACUGAUGCCAUUUAUGUCACGAGAGAGCUGAUCCGACAACUAGAUAAUAUGCAUAGAAGAUAUAAAUCCUGGCCAGAUUUUACUCCUGCAAAUCGAGUUAUAUUCGAAGAACUUUACGCUCGUGCUCCACGAACGACAAAACUUCUUUUACUUGUUUUCGAAAAACGAAAGGAUACUACUGGUCGACAAUUAAUGCUCGAUUUUUCGAACUAUCGAGACCAAAUGACAAUCUUUCGUACGACAACCGACGGUCGAUUAUGGCGUAAACUUCAUGUCAACAAUACCGAUAUACCAUCGUUAUUUGUGAUUCUGAAAAACCGAACUGCACAACGGAUUCCUGUUCAGCAAAAUAAAAGUCUCGAUGCUGAUAAUCGAGGUUUGUUCAAUCGUGCUAUUCGAUUAUACAUUCAUCAAACAAACAGUAUCACUAAUUUCAAUGAUCAAGAAUUUGAUGCGAUGGAUCAAAUUAGAAAAACACUUCAUAAACAACGACUCACACGCCAAUCUGCUAAAAAUCGAGAAUAUAUUGAGGCAAAUAUCGAUCGAAAUACCACUCGUCGGAAAGUAAAUAUGAUCGACCUGGAAUUAGCAUUAUCUCAUAUGUUUCGACAAGAAAUACCUCAAUUCAAAAGUAUUCGAGGACCAGCAUAUGAUGCUCUUAUUCAAUGGAUAACCAUUCUUACAAAGUACUUUCCUGGUCGUGAACCAGUGAUGAAUUAUCUCGAACGUUUACUAUCAAAAGUCAAAGAACAAUCCGAUGGUUUCAGCGGGAGUAAAUUCCAAGAAAUUGUCGAUGUGAAAACAUCGGAUGCUUAUUUACCGACGAAUCAUAAUCGGUAUCAACAUUGUGCAGGAUCUCAACCACAAUAUCGAGGUUAUCCAUGUGCACUUUGGCUUCUAUUUCAUACAUUGACUGUUUCUCAGUAUCAAAAAGAACUUCGACAAAUCGAUGUUCGGGAGAUUCCAUUAGCGAUCAAAGGUUAUAUCAAGUACUUUUUUACAUGCCGAGAAUGUCGUAAGAAUUUUAUGAAGGAAACAGUGAACAUAGCUGAACUUGAUACAACAAAUAAACAAGAAGCGAUUCUUUAUCUUUGGAAAAUUCAUAAUCAUGUCAAUGAACGUCUACAUACGGACAUUACCGAAGAUCCUAAGUAUCCAAAAGUUCAAUUUCCAAGUAAAUUUCUUUGUCCGACAUGUAAAAUCAUCAAUACGAAUGAAUUUGAUAUCUCAAAUACCAUGGAUUUCCUUCUUCAUUAUUAUUCCGAGAGCAAUAUCGACUCAACACUGAUUUCUAAAGAAUCUCAUCAUUCAGACAACUCAUCCAAUCGACCGGAAGAUCUCAUCUCGAAAAUGGAAUUUAUCGAUGAAACUGCCGAUCGAUCAGUAAUCAUUCGAUACCUUCCUGACAUAGUUCAACAAUACCCACUUAAUGCAUUUCUUCUAUUUCUUAUUCUUGUCAUUGGUAUAUCUCGUUAUCGACAUUGUAAAGCGAAGAGAAGGCGUUAUACUCUGUAA